CAUGAAUGACCUCUUAUGAACUAUGCGUAGGAUACAUUAACUUUAAAUUUGUUUACAAUAUUAAAAGUGUGUGUCUGUCAGCUGUCGAAAUAAAACAAAAUAUCAAGCAAUGGUUUUUAGUACUAACAUAUCCAUAGCUUUACUUGUUAUCGCCAUUACGUAUCUACUAUGGAAAAUCAGAGCAUUUAUAAUCAGAUACAGACAGUGGAGGUCAGCAACUUAUGGACAAAGUAUUACAAUUCUUGGUCCGCUUCACCCUAUAUGGGGCACUCUUCAUUUGGUUCACGAUCUAGCUUCCUAUUUCAAACUCCUUCAAAGUAUAAUUGAAAAGGAAAGACCUAAGGUUUAUGUUGCUUGGAAUAUGUUUUUCUACCCGAGUUUUGGGGUCUGUCAUCCGGAUUCGGCACAGGUACUUUAUAAGUCUUCAGCACCAAAGGCUCAUGCCGUUGGAGGGGCAUAUAGAUAUCUGAGAGAUUGGAUAGGCGAUGGUUUGUUGAUAUCUGAUGGAAAGAAAUGGGAACGGAAUAGACGACUCUUGACCCCAGGCUUCCAUUUUGAAAUACUCAAACCAUACGUUAAAGUAUAUAACAGUGUUACAGAUGUAUUUCUUGAAAAAUUAAAGGGUUAUGCUAAAAGUGGCGAGGCAGUAGACAUAUUCCCGCGUGUAGCUUUAGCAUCUUUAGACACUAUAUUGAGAUGCGCCUUUUCAUACCAAGGAAACAUACAAGAUCAAGGAUCAAAACAUCCCUACGUAAAUGCUGUGAAUAGAUUGUCAUAUUUAACGUUGUCCAGGUGCUUAAAGCCUUGGUAUCAAAUUGAUUUUAUCUAUCGAUUUUCUAAAGAACGAAAAGAACUGAAACAGCUUUGUGAUUAUUCACACGAAUUUUCAAAUGGAAUUAUAAAAGAAAGAAAGCAAACUCUGAAGAAAGAAGGCCAACCAACAAAGCGUCAUCUCGAUUUCCUUGAUAUACUUCUUACGGCCAAAGAUGACAAUGGAAUUGGACUUUCUGAUGAAGAUAUAAGAGCGGAAGUCGAUACUUUUAUGUUUGAAGGUCAUGAUACCACUGCAGCUGCAAUAAGCUGGUCUAUAUACUGCUUGGGGAAAUAUCCAGACGAGCAGGAAAUAGUAUAUACAGAAAUAUCAGAGUUAUUAGUAGAUAAACAAGAGGUAACCUGGGAAAAUCUGCAGGAGAUGCCUCAGCUUACAGCUUUUGUAAAAGAAUCUAUGAGAAUGUUUGCACCAGUACCGGGAACAGCACGCCUACUGACGUCACCUAUGAAGUUUGGUGACAUCAUUGUACCAGCUGGUGUUCAUAUAGAUAUCAGUAUUCACUCGAUUCAUCAUCAUCCAGAUGUUUGGCCUGAGCACGAUGUAUUUAGACCUGAAAGAUUUUUACAAGACGAUAUAACUGACAGACAUCCUUACAGCUACAUACCAUUUGCUGCAGGAUCAAGGAACUGCAUUGGACAAAAUUUUGCAAUGAACGAAAUAAAAGUUAUUAUCAGCAGAUUAGUUCAGAGAUAUAAAGUAUCACUAGUAGAUGGUCAUAGCUAUGAUAUAAAUCCAGAACUGGUCAUGAGGGCAAAAAAUGGAAUCAAAGUAAUAUUGGAAAGUCGGUAAAUGGAGAUGAGUGGCACAUGUGGCACAUCGCAUAAAGCUAUUGGAUUCUUUUCACUGGAAAUGAAAUACCAAACAUUAAUUGUCUUUUAAUCAUCAGAGAUACUUUCAGUUCGAAAAUGUAUUCCCUUCCAAAUUAAUUUUAAACUAAUUUACCAGAAAUUCUUAUGUAAUGUGUAAAAAUGCAGAAUUAUUUGUUUUAAAUUUUAUCUGUGAUACGAUAUUGUAGUUCUCAUUUGGUAAGUCAGCCACAUUUUUACUGGCGUUAUGUUAUAUACUUAGUAUGUAGAAAAAUACACAACAGGAGAAGAAUAUAGUUUGGAAUUGUCUAACUCUCGUUAUUUUAAUAUGCUACAAUUACUCAGUUAUACAGAUGUGUUUAUGAAUAUAAAGAGGUAUGAGGAUGUCCAAUGACGAAUCUAAUGACACAA